AUGGAUGAUCUGUUCAACAGCUUUAUGAACGGACCGGAUGAAAACGGACGUUUUGGUGAUUUUGGCGGGCGUUUCGUGUCUGAAACCCUGAUGCCUCUGAUCCUCGAUCUUGAGGAAGAAUACGAACGUGCGAAAGUUGACCCGGAAUUCCAUGCGGAAAUGGAUGACCUGUGGAAACAUUACGUCGGUCGCCCAAGCCCGCUGUAUUAUGCCGAACGCAUGACCGAAGCCCUGGGUGGCGCUAAGAUUUACCUGAAACGUGACGAGCUGAACCAUACCGGCGCGCAUAAGAUCAACAACGUAUUGGGUCAGAUCCUGCUGGCACGUCGUAUGGAAACCCGGAUCAUCGCGGAAACCGGCGCGGGUCAGCACGGUGUUGCGACUGCGACCGUUUGUGCGCGUUUUGGUCUGGAAUGCAUCGUUUACAUGGGGGCCCAUGACGUUGAACGUCAGGCGCCAAACGUGUUCCGCAUGAAAUUGCUGGGUGCAAAAGUUGUGCCUGUGACUUCUGGUCGUGGCACGCUGAAAGACGCGAUGAACGAUGCGCUGCGCGACUGGGUGACCAAUGUGCGCGACACGUUCUACUGUAUUGGUACCGUGGCUGGCCCACACCCAUACCCUGCGAUGGUACGCGAUUUCCAGGCGAUCAUUGGUAAAGAAGUCCGGGAACAACUGCCCGAACACGAAGGCGAAGGCCGUCUGCCCGAUACCAUCAUCGCGGCGAUUGGUGGCGGAUCCAACGCCAUGGGUCUGUUCUUCCCGUUCCUUGAUGAUCAGUCCGUCAAUAUCGUUGGUGUUGAAGCCGGCGGCAAAGGCGUGAAUGAAAAGAUGGAACAUUGCGCGUCGCUGACCGGUGGCCGUCCGGGCGUUCUGCACGGAAACCGCACGUAUCUUUUGCAGGAUGAUGACGGACAGAUCCUUGAAGGAUUUUCGAUCUCUGCGGGUCUGGAUUAUCCGGGCAUUGGCCCUGAACAUUCCUGGCUGCAUGACAUUGGCCGCGCGCAAUAUGUGUCGAUCACCGACACCGAAGCUCUGGAAGCCUUCCAGUUCUGCUGUACGCAGGAAGGCAUUAUCCCGGCGCUGGAACCCUCCCACGCGCUGGCCCAUGUGAUGAAGAUGGCGCCAACCCUGCCAAAAGACCAUAUCAUCGUGAUGAACAUGUGUGGUCGCGGCGAUAAAGACAUCUUCACCGUGGCCAAGGCGCUUGGCGUGGAUAUGAGUGAAAGCGACUGA